UGUAACAAGAUGAAACCUGCUCUCCUUUUCCUGCUCAUUCUCAUGCACCUUCUAGCACAACUAUCUCCUGGCCAUGCUGAAUGCUGCUUAAAAGAAAUAGAAUUCAUUGUGGAGAAGAAAGUACAAGAUGCUCUUUCCACAUUAGAGAUCGGAACUAAGAGACCCCUUUCCUGUACAAGUGUGACAAAUCGAGGCACCCUAGCCACUUGUCCUGCAGGGUUUAUAGUUACUGGCUGUGCCUGUGGCUAUGGCUGUGGCUCCUGGGAUGUUCGAGGAGACAACACAUGUCACUGUCAGUGUCAGGCAUGGAUUGGACCAGUGCUCGAUGCUGCACGAAUUCCUAAGGAGGGGAAGAUGGGAACAUUGAUCUUGCAUAAAAUCAUGAUCUUCAAUUGAGCUCUGACAUUGAUUCCACUCCUGACCACAUAGCCCCAUGCUCUCCUUAGCCAAAGCAUUUCUCCUUCCCUAGCUUAGAGUUAUAGUUUCUACUUUGAUCUACUUCACUUGUGUCAUCUCUUCUUCCUUUCAGACCAUCAUUAUUUACUACUCAUGUGAUCCUGCCUAGGGUAGGAUUUAUGAAUGUAAUAAAGAA